CCGCCGGCCGUGAGCCCGUGGAAACCACGAGCCAGGGGUGCGGCGGUAGCCAAUCCAAGUCCACGGCGGCGCUCCAGCUACUACGGACGCCGGCGACCCAACCAGCACACGGUACACGGACGCGAGAACUGGCUACAGGGGGAUAUCACGAGUCCGCGACGAAGACGAUGGAGGCACCCUGCUGCUAUGCUGGUGGUCAGCGCAGCAAUGCCUGUGCGUGCCUGGGGGAGAAGUGGAUUAAGUGGCUCGAGCAUGGUUACAUCGCCGAUGGUGCCGCAAGCGGCGACAGGAUGCGCGGAGGACGUAGGAGAAGCUCGUGGUGCUUCGUCAAGAAACGGUAUGGCGACUGGUUUGGGGAUUUGUUUUAGAACAAUUAGGGUAGGUCCUUCCCGAAGGAUUGUUGGCAUAAUUUUGUAUUCUAUGGAGAAUUUGGGAUGUUAAAUUGGCGGUGACAUGCUUAGGCCCCUCCAGCAAUCCCCAUUGCCACUUCAAAGCAGCGCACGCCAUACCAGUGGAUUCCGUCGUCUAACAGCGAACGUGACAUUUGUGCGAACGGCUGCAAGAGUUUUUGGGAGCAGAGAAAGUCAUUUGCAAGUCAGAGGAGCCAACCGAUAAGUCUGCACAAUUAGGAAACUUCGAUGUAAUUUAACUCUUAUAGACAAAUGCUUGUAGCCAUCAAUUAAGAACAAUGCCCAGUUGCCCACUAGGAAGCAUGCUCUUACAAUUAGGUUGUCCGGUUGUGUAUGAGUUGGUCCACGGUUGGUUGAGCUCAUGUUGGUGAUAAAACAACCAAAAUGGUCCACAUCAAAGAAGAAACUAAGGAACUAACUGUGGAACAGCUCUAACAAUCCGAAUGCCUCCAUUUUAUUCUACUCACCUUUUUGUUUCUUUUCUUUUUGCCAUGGAUUCUACUCACUGUCCUUGCAUCUACCUGCAAUUUUUUAAAAUUUUCUUUAUCUUUUGUUUGGGUCAAAGACUUGUAUGCACAUGCUCUUCAACCAUUUGCUCCAUGAUAGAUUAAUCUUGUCAGAUUAAGAAAUUGAUUUGAUACCCAAAGCACUAAAUUUAGGGCUAACACUACUCAAAUCCUGUCAUUUUCCUAAUGCAAGUGGCACAGCCAUUGGCCCCUUAUUUUCUUCUGCCCUUUCAGUUUGUUCUGAUUUUUCUCCAAGGAAUUUGUAUAUUAGUUACUUGUUGGAUGAGCUAAGAGGGACGGUUUAAAUCAAUCCAUAGGACGAUAUAUUGACCAGUACUUUAUGAAUAGACAUUUGGUGUCCCCUUUGCUACCAUACAUAACAACUGGAAAUGAAAGAAAGGCUUCUGACCUUUCAAGCGAUGAGCAACUGAAAGAUUUUCAGGGAUAUCUCAAAAACCCGUCCAAACAUGGAGCUUUCUCCUUGGCUCUUCAUGUUCAGUGUUCUUGUGAAGGCUUCUGUCAUCAUGGCAGAUACGAAUGGGCAAGACACUGCUGGCCUAAUUGGUAUUGCAGCUUCCUGGAACACCCACCCAUCAAACUGGGUUGGCAAUGAUCCAUGCGGUGAAAAGUGGAUCGGGAUAAGUUGCACUGGAGACCGGGUCACAUCUAUAAGACUGUCCGGAACUCUUCGAGGGGGGAAGCCUGGGACUCUUUCAGGGGACAUUCAAUCUUUGUCAGAAUUGCAGCUCUUGGACUUAUCCCAGAACAAGAACCUAGGCGGUUCUCUUCCUUCAUCCAUUGGAACCUUGAGCAACCUCCAAAACUUAGUUCUUGCUGGCUGCAGCUUUUCUGGUGAAAUACCUCAAGAGAUAGGCCAGCUCUCACAACUGAUAUUUCUAUAUUUGAACUCCAAUAGGUUCACGGGUCCCAUACCGUCAUCGCUUGGUAGGCUCUCAAAGCUAUACUGGCUCGAUUUGGGUGAAAAUAUGCUCACCGGAGGACUUCCCAUAUUCGAUGGGACAAAUCCUGGGUUGGAUAAUCUGACAAAUACAAAGCACUUUCACUUUGGAGUCAAUCAACUCUCUGGCACCAUACCGAGACAGAUUUUCAACUCAAACAUGAAGCUAAUACAUCUGCUUCUUGACAACAACAACUUCUCCGGUAGCAUGCCCCCUACUUUAGGACUUCUUAAUACGCUGGAAGUUUUACGUUUCGAUAAAAACAGUCAGUUGUCUGGGGCAGUUCCGACCAACAUUAACAACCUCACCAAGCUUGCUGAACUCCAUCUCGAAAACAAUCAGCUCACUGGUCCACUGCCAGAUCUUACAGGGAUGAGUUCACUCAGCUUUGUGGACAUGAGCAACAACAGCUUUAAUGCAUCUGAUGCUCCAUCCUGGUUCACUGCUUUGCCGUCUUUGACUUCACUGUACCUUGAAAAUCUGGGCAUUGGCGGGCAGCUCCCGCAAGCUCUUUUCAGCCUUUCUGCAAUUCAGACACUGAGGCUUCGGGGCAAUCGUUUCAACGGGACGCUGAAUAUUGGAUCUGGCUUCGGUACUCAGCUCCAAAAAAUUGACUUGCAGGACAAUCAGAUCGCACAAAUCACUGUUACCGGAACCCCAUACGACAAGCAACUCAUACUUUCAGGAAACCCAAUAUGUGAACAAGGGAGCAGCGAAAAAUACUGCAAAACCACCGGACAAUCUAAUCCAGCUGCGCCGCCGUAUACUACUUUUAAGAACUGUGCUGGGCUGCCACCCACAUGCCUCUCAAGCCAGCUUCUGAGCCCAAGCUGCACCUGUGCUGUACCAUACAGAGGCACACUGUUCUUCAGAGCACCAUCGUUUUCUGACCUCAGCAAUGAGUCAUACUAUCUUUUGCUGGAGAAGGAUAUGAAGGCCAAGUUCUUGUUACACCAGGCCCCAGUGGACUCAAUUGCUCUUCAGAAUCCAUUUAUUGAUGUAAGCAACAACUUGGAGAUGAGCCUGGAGGUGUUUCCCAGCGGCAAGAUUCAGUUUGGAGAGCAGGACAUUUCUGACAUUGGGUUCAUUUUGACUAAUCAGACCUACAAACCACCGCCUGUUUUCGGUCCAUACUUUUUUAUCGCACAACAAUAUCUUUUUCAAAAUGAAGAGGUAGUAGCGUCUAAAUCAAAGAAGAACAGCAUGCCUCUUAUUGUCGGAGUUGCAGUCGGUGGUGCAGUUGUUGUUGCAGUGUUACUUGCUCUUAUUGUUAUUAUCGCCAAAAGGAAGAGAAAAACACAUAACACUGAAGAGAGGAGCCAGUCUUUUGCUUCUUUGGAUAUGAAGAGCACCAGCACCAGCAUUCCGCAACUGCGAGGCGCACGGAUGUUCACGUUCGAUGAACUGAAGAAGAUUACCAAUAACUUCUCAGAGGCAAAUGACAUCGGAACCGGCGGCUUCGGGAAGGUUUACAGAGGGACACUUCCCACUGGGCAACUGGUUGCUGUCAAGAGAUCUCAGCAGGGAUCUCUCCAGGGGAGCCUGGAAUUCAGAACUGAGAUCGAGCUUCUGUCCAGGGUUCACCACAAGAAUGUCGUCAGCCUCGUCGGUUUCUGCCUCGAUCAGGGUGAGCAGAUGCUGGUCUACGAGUACAUCCCCAAUGGCACACUGAAAGAGAGCCUCACAGGCAAGUCUGGCGUGCGGCUGGACUGGAAGCGGAGGCUCCGUGUCAUCCUCGGCACGGCGAAGGGCAUCGCCUACCUGCACGAGCUGGCUGACCCUCCGAUUGUCCACCGUGACAUCAAAUCAAGCAACGUUCUCCUUGACGAGCGCUUGAACGCCAAGGUCUCAGACUUUGGCCUCUCCAAGCUUCUAGGCGAGGACGGCAGGGGAAUGGUCACGACUCAAGUGAAGGGCACCAUGGGGUACUUGGACCCGGAGUACUACAUGACGCAGCAGCUGACGGACAGGAGCGAUGUGUACAGCUUCGGCGUGCUGCUGCUGGAGGUGAUCACGGCGAAGAAGCCGCUGGAGCGCGGGCGGUACAUCGUCCGGGAGGUGCACACCGCGCUGGACCGGAGCAAGGACCUGUACGGGCUGCACGAGCUGCUGGACCCGGUGCUGGGCGCAGCGCCGUCGUCGCUGGGCGGGCUGGAGCAAUACGUGGACCUUGCCCUGCGCUGCGUGGAGGAGGCCGGCGCCGACCGCCCGCCGAUGGGUGAGGUGGUAGCCGAGAUCGAGCGGAUCACGAGGAUGGCCGGUGGCGGAGCCGAGUCGGCGUCAGAGUCCAUGAGCUAUCCUAGUCGGACGCCGCGCCAUCCAUACGGUGGGGACAGCCCGGCCGAGUACAGCAGCAGCGGGCUGCCGUCGUCAAGGGUGGAGCCCAAGUGAAGCCAAGUUGGUGGCAAGCUGAAUGCAUGCUUGUGCUGAUCUGAAGAUUCUGAAGUGUGUUGCUGUGAGUUGAACUUGUAUGGUAUGUUUUGUACAGGUCACUUGGGUUGAUGGAGUAUCUCUGUAAAUUUUGGUUGGGUUUAAUUAGUGUCUGGAUUAAGGAUUAGGCAAUGGAUAAAAUAGAAAUGGGCUGUCAAAUUUCUUUUUGAGCCAAGUGUCUCUUUCACUCUGAGGGUUAGAACUGCUACAAUAAUCUGAAGGUCCAGCAACAUUGCACUGUAGGUGCGACUAGCUAGAAGUAGAACCUUAACAUACUACCGUAUAUUUAUUCACCCAACAGUGAAGAUGGCAUAACUGCCAGAGACUACCAUUUUUU